AUGUCAACCAUCAAGAACGUCGCCAUCCUGGGUGCCUCUGGCAACUUCGGCACCCCCAUAACCUCUGCUCUUGUGGCAGCAGGUUUCAACAUUACGAUAAUAACCCGCUCAUCAUCAACAACAAUCCAUCCCCCCAACAUCCCCAUUGUGCGCAUCGACUACUCCCUAGACACCCUGACCCAAGCCUUUACAAACCAAGAUGCAGUGGUUUGUGUCGUAGGCCCUGGAGGUAUCGCACUGCAAAAGACCUUCAUUGAUGCUGCUGUAAUCGCAAGAGUAAAAAGAUUCAUUAUCGACGAUUUCGGGUGGGGACCUACGACCAAAGGCUUCCCACAAUUCAAUACUAUACAUGCAUCAAGAAAAGAAGGCUGGGAUUACGCAGCCGUCAAAGCCAGAGAAGUAGAUGGCUUUACAUGGACAGGCCUCUCGACUGGAAAUCCCAUUGAUUGGGCAAUGAAGAAAUUCCCAAUGAUGGGUUUCGACGUCGCAAACCACAGAGCAAUCAUCUACGACAAUGGAACCGAAAGGUUCACCGGCACAACAUUGGAAGGUAUCGGACAAGCAGUAGUGAGAACACUCCAAAACCCUCAGGCUACAGCAAACUGCUUCCUAAAAGUCCAAAGCAUCAACACAUGUCAGAAUGAGCUUUUAGAUGCUUUCGAGAAGGCUACGGGACAAAAAUGGGAGGUCACAAGGUCAACGAGUAAAGAAUUGAUUGAGAGUGGGAAAGGUGAUUUUGAGGCUGGGGCAGGGAUGUGGAGGUUGAAAUUGGCAGUUGCUACUUUGUAUGAUGUUGGGCAGGGGAGAGGGAGGAUUGCACCGUCGAGAGAAGACUCGGAUGCGGAGUUGUUGGGAGUCAAGGAUGAGACUGCGGACGAGAUCGUGGCCAAAUUGCUUCAAUAA